CGCGCUCGCGCUGGGCGGACCCGGGGCCCAUGGACACACACACCCCCUUGCCUGCAGCCCCGCGCGCCUGCUCGCCUGCUCUGCCCGAAGGGACACCAUUCACCGCUGGCUGCCCAAGCCUGGCUCGGGGAGCCCGAGGUCGUGGCUGGGGCUGGGGCUGGUGCCAGGCGGCAGAGAACCAGAGCUGGGUCCACCGUGCGCCCCCGCAGGCCGAGGCGCAACGGGGCCGGACAUCCGUGGCUCCUGAUCACCCUCAGGACUGAGAGUAUUUGUUUUCGUCCACAAAAGCAUUUUCAAGAAGUUGGUCCAGUAUGGCUUUAGCAGACAGGAGACUUGAGAACCUGCAAAUCUACAAAUGUCUUCAGUGUGUUCGGAACAAAGACAAGAAGCAGAUAGAGAAGCUGACCAGACUCGGUUACCCUGAACUAAUCAAUUUCACAGAUCCUAUUGAUGGACAGAGUGCUCUGCACUUAGCCUCAGUCUCCAAUGACACUGACAUGGUCAGCUUUCUCCUGAGCCUUGGUGCCCACCCUGAUGUGAAAGACCGAAUGGGCUGUACUCCGGCAAUGAGGGCUGCAGAACUGGGCCAUGAAAUGUCCAUGGAAAUAUUAGCCAAGGCAAAGGCCGAUAUGACUAUAGUUGAUAACGAAGGAAAAGGUGUUUUGUUUUACUGCAUUUUACCUACUAAGAGGCAUUAUCGCUGUGCAUUGAUUGCCCUGGAACAUGGAGCAGAUGUCAACAAUUCUAGCUAUGAAGGAAAACCGGUGUUCCUUAAAGCUUGCGAAGUUGCACAUGAUAUUAAAGAAAUGUGCCUGACACUUUUGGAAAAAGGAGCCAAUCCAAAUGCUAUCAACACAUCCACAGGUCGCACGGCUUUAAUGGAAGCAGCAAGAGAAGGAGUGGUAGAACUAGUUCGAGGGAUAUUGGAAAGAGGAGGUGAAGUGAAUGCAUUUGACAACGAGAGACAUCAGGCUGCACAUUUUGCUGCCAAAGGAGGCUAUUUUGAUAUAUUGAAGCUUCUUUAUGCCUACAAUGGAGAUUUGGGGCUGAUUGGAAUGACUGGGAACACACCACUUCAUUAUGCUGCCAUGGGUGGUUUUGCAGAUUGCUGUAAAUAUAUAGCUCAGCGAGGAUGUGACCUGAAAUGGAAGAAUUUAGAACAUAAAACGGCCAGGGCUGUGGCUAAGGAACGCGGUUUCAAAGCAGCAAGCAAAGAAAUACGGCGGGCAGAGAGAACGGCUAAUAAACUGGCCAAGCCAGGAGUUAAAAAUCCGAAUCCACUCUGGGCCCUUAGGCUUCAUGAUUGGUCAAUAGAAAAUGAGGCUUUACUUCGGGAAGCCUUUAUGUGUGUGGACAGGGGCGAUGGGACAGUCAGCAAGGAAGACUUUGUGACAGUGCUGGAGGAGAGGCAGGACUUCGUGACCUCAGAUCAGCUGUCUUCCAUCGCUCAACUUAGUGAAAAAGUCCGGGGAGCAGGGGUCAAUGUUAACGAUUUCUUUAAGGGAACCCGAUACUUAAACAAGUCUUAUGUCUUGGGAUCCUAUGGGCCUAAGAAAAAGAAAAAGGGGAUAGCCAAAAAGGGAAAGAAAGGCAAGUUCGUUUUACCCCUCCCGGUCUGCGUCAUCCCUGACAAUGCAUUUCCACGCCGGAGUGAUGGUGGGCCACCAUAUUACAUGAUUGAAACCUACAAGAAUGUCACGGAUUGCAAUCGGUUUAAUCGGGAUCAUCCACCAGAACAUCCCAUUCAGGACGAUUCUGCUUGGUACAUUGAGGAUUCAGGGAAGGUAUUUGCAAAUAUUAACUUUCUCACCAAGGCAGGAGACCUAGCUUCUCUGAAAAAGGCGUUUGAAUCAGGCAUACCGGUGGAUAUGAAGGAUAAUUAUUACAAAACACCUCUAAUGACUGCUUGUGCAAGUGGAAACAUAGAAGUGGUCAAGUUUCUUCUUGAAAGAGGGGCUAAUGUUAAUGCAACAGAUAAUUUUCUGUGGACUCCACUUCACUUUGCGUGCCAUGCAGGCCAACAAGACAUUGUUGAGCUUCUUGUUCAAUCUGGAGCCACGAUAGAUGCACUUUCAAUCAACAACUCAACUCCUUUAUUUAGAGCCAUUGAGAGCUGUAGAAUGGAUACUGUCAAAUACCUACUUGAUAUUGGUGCUAAAUUCCAGCUGGAAAAUAGAAAAGGGCACACUCCCAUGGAUGUUGCAAAGGCAUAUGCUGACUAUAGAAUAAUUGGUUUGAUUAAAGAAAAGCUAGAUAACUUGCCAAAACCAUCAGAAAACCAAAAACUUUUGAAACCCAAGCCAUCUAUUAAAAUGAAAACAGAAGGUUCUGAAAUUAAGAAAGAAGAGGAACCACUUUCAUCAGUUUAUACUGUACCAACCAUAUUGGAGGAAAAGAAAAUGCGUAAGGAUAAUGUGGUUCAUCUCAAUUCAUUGAUUACCAGUGGUUAUACCAAGAAAGUGAAUAUCACAUUUACUCCACGGAGGACCUGGAGUCCUGAAGCCACAACGGCAGAGCUGAUCAGGAAGAGGGAGCUGCAGAGGGAGAGGUUCACUUAUGAGGUGGACUUUGAAGACUUCAUGAUGCCCUUUCAGAAGAACAUUACAGAGAAAGCUCGCGCACUGGAAGGUGUUUUCAAGAACUAAGUCACAGAGGUUGCAUCUUGGAUAAAACAUUUCGAGACGCAGGGACCAAACUUUGGAGAAGGUAGAUAUUUCCAUCAAAGCAAUCCACAAAUUAAGUAUUUGUAACCAAACAUUUGUUUUGGCUUUAACAACUAUAAAUAUUCUGAGCUGUC